ACCAGAGGAUUCACCAUGGCUUCUGUGGCUGCCUCACAAUCUUCAAGAACUGUUGCAUCACAUGUUCCUUUUGCAGACUUAUGUUCAACUUUAGAACGAAUACAGAAAAGCAAAGGGCGUGCAGAAAAAAUCAGACAUUUCCAGGAAUUUUUAGAUUCUUGGAGAAAAUUUCAUGAUGCUCUUCAUAAAAACCAAAAAGAUGUCACAGACUCUUUUUAUCCAGCAAUGAGACUCAUUCUUCCUCAACUGGAAAGAGAAAGAAUGGCCUAUGGAAUCAAAGAAACUAUGCUUGCUAAGCUUUAUAUUGAACUGCUUAACUUGCCUAGAGAAGGAAAAGAUGCCCUUAAACUUUUAAAUUACAGAACACCUACUGGAACUCAUGGAGAUACUGGAGACUUUGCAAUGAUCGCAUACUUUGUGUUGAAGCCAAGAUGUUUACAGAAAGGAAAUUUAACCAUACAGCAAGUGAAUGACAUUUUAGACUCAGUUGCCAGCAAUAAUUCUGCCAAAAGAAAGAACCUAGUAAAGAAGAGUCUUCUUCAGUUUAUAUCUCAGAGUUCAGCACUUGAACAGAAAUGGUUCAUACGGAUGAUUAUAAAGGACUUAAAGCUCGGUGUUAGUCAGCAAACUAUAUUUUCUGUUUUUCAUAAUGAUGCCGUUGAGUUGCAUAAUGUCACCACAGAUCUGGAAAAAGUCUGUAGGCAACUGCAUGAUCCUUCAGUUGGACUCAGUGAUAUUUCUAUCACUUUAUUUUCUGCCUUUAAACCAAUGCUAGCUACUAUAGCGGAUAUUCAGCACAUUGAGAAGGACAUGAAACACCAGAGUUUCUACAUCGAAACCAAGCUAGAUGGUGAGCGUAUGCAAAUGCACAGAGAUGGGGAUGUAUAUAAAUUCUUCUCCCGAAAUGGUUAUGACUAUACUGAUCAGUUUGGUGAUUCUCCACAAAAAGGUUCUUUAACACCAUUCAUUCAUGGUGCUUUCAAAACAAAUAUACAAAACUGUAUCCUUGAUGGUGAGAUGAUGGCCUAUAAUCCUAAUACCCAAAGUUUUAUGCAAAAGGGAGUUAAGUUUGAUAUUAAAAGAAUGGUAGAAGAUUCUGAUCUACAAACUUGUUACUGUGUUUUUGAUGUAUUGAUGGUUAAUGAUAAAAAGUUAGGACAUGAGACCCUGAGAAAGAGAUAUGAAAUUUUGGGUAGUGUUUUUACACCGAUACCAGGUAGAAUAGAAAUAGUACAGAAAGCACAAGCUCAUACUAAGAAAGAAGUAAUUGAUGCUUUGAAUGAUGCAAUAGAUAAAAGAGAAGAGGGGAUCAUGGUAAAAUACCCUUUGUCCAUUUACAAGCCAGAUAAAAGAGGUGAAGGAUGGCUAAAAAUUAAGCCAGAGUAUGUAAGUGGUCUAAUGGAUGAACUAGACAUCUUAAUUGUUGGAGGCUAUUGGGGCAAAGGUUCACGGGGUGGAAUGAUGUCUCAUUUUUUGUGUGCUGUGGCAGAGAAGCCCCCUCCUGGUGAAAAACCAUCUGUGUUUUACACACUCUGUCGUGUUGGCUCAGGUUACACUAUGAAAGAACUAUAUGACCUGGGUUUGAAAUUGGCCAAACAUUGGAAACCUUUUCAUAGAAAAGUUCCGCCAAGUAGUAUUUUGUGUGGAACAGAGAAGCCAGAAGUGUACAUUGAACCUUGUAAUUCUGUCAUCGUUCAGAUUAAGGCAGCAGAGAUUGUCCCCAGUGAUAUGUAUAAAACUGAUUGCACCUUGCGUUUUCCACGAAUUGAAAAGAUAAGAGAAGACAAAGAAUGGCAUGAAUGCAUGACUCUGGAUGAGUUGGAGCAACUUAGGGGGAAAGCAUCUGGAAAGCUUGCAUCUAGACACCUGUAUGUAGAUGGUGAUGAUGAACCACAAGAAAAAAAGCGGAAAGCUGCUGUGCCAAAGACUAAGAAAGUUAUUGGAAUUAUUGAACAUUUUAAAGCACCUAAUCUUUCUAACAUAAACAAAGUUUCUAAUAUAUUUGAAGAUAUGGAAUUUUGUGUCAUGAGUGGAAUAGACAACCAUUCUAAACCUGAUCUGGAGAACAGAAUUGCUGAAUUUGGUGGUUACAUAGUACAAAAUCCAGGCCCAGACACGGCCUGUGUGAUUGCAGGGUCUGAGAACAUCAGAGUGAAAAACAUAAUUUCUUCAAAUAAGCAUGAUGUUGUGAAGCCUGACUGGCUUUUAGAGUGUUUUAAGACCAAAAGCUGUGUGCCAUGGCAGCCUCGCUUUAUGAUUCAUAUGUCUCCAUCAACAAAACAGCAUUUUGCUCUUGAAUAUGAUUGCUAUGGUGAUAGUUAUUUUGUUGAUACAGAUUUGAACCAACUAAAGGAAGUAUUCUCAGUAAUUAAACAGUCUAAUGAACAGACUUCUGAAGAAAUGGCUUCUGUGAUUGCUGAUUUAGAAGAUCGAUACUCCUGGGACAGCUGUCCUCUCAGUAUGUUUCGACACCACACAAUUUAUUUGGACCUGUAUGCUGUUAUUAAUGACUUGAGCACCAAAAUUGAGGGUACAAGAUUAGGUGCUAAAGCCUUGGAGCUUCGAUUUUAUGGAGCAAAAGUAGUUUCGUAUUUGGCUGAGGGAGUAUCUCAUGUAAUCGUUGGGGAGGAUCAUAGUCGUGUUGCUGAUUUAAAAGCUUUUCGGAGAACUCUUAAAAGAAAGUUUAAAAUCGUACAAGCAACUUGGGUAACUGAUUCAGUAGACAGGUGUGAAUUACAGGAGGAAAAUCAAUAUUUGAUUUAAAGCAAGCUUUCCUAGUGAGGAAAAGCCUCUAUUAGUUGACAGACUGCAGUAGGAAGUAAUCAUAAUAUAGUAUUCCAUAUUUUGUUUUCUAUUUAUAUUAUAGUUAGACAGCAUUAUUAGAUAUAGGAAACCAAUUUUAAGAUUGUAAAGACAGUGAGGGGCAUAAAGGCAAGGAAGAAAAUACCUUUUUAGCAGUGUAACAUUUUUAUAACCACAAUGAAAUAAUUAAACAGCAUCAGGAAGAGGCCUUUAUAUAAUGUACCUAU